UUAAUAAUUGGAGAAUGUGGGUGGGUGUUGCAAUUUUUCCUUAUCACUACUGGACUUCCUCCUUGGCUCUUGUGCUGCGCCUCCAUACUUCCUGAAGCUCUGUACAACACAGGAGUCCAGCGACCCCUUUUCGUCCCGGUCGAGUCGCAAUGAGGCAUACGCGUCUAUGGGAGGGGACAUGACGCUUGGCGUUAGGAAGACUUCAAUAUGACCUAACGCCAGGACCCCACUGGAGCUGUUUCUGUUUUGUUUGUUUUUUGUUUUAAUUGUUGUCGUUCUUUGUAUUGUUUGUCAUUUCUUCGUCAUUGUUUCUAUCUGGCUUCAGAGGUAAAAGCCACAUUUAGAAUAUGAUGCGUGUGUGUGUGUUUGGGGACGACAUGUCACUCUACUGUUAACCACACAAACCUCAUCCCUUCACUCAUGAAAUAAAAUGAUGGUAAUAUACGUCCUCCUUAAACUGGGACUUUUAAAAGAAAUCACUAAGAUUUGUUUUGGUUAGUCUUCAUUUUAAUGCCAAUUGUUUCACAUGAGUCAUUUAUGUAGUUUUAAUUAUUAGUAAUUUAAGUAAGAGUUCCUACACUGCUCUAUAUCUCAAGGGAAGAUCUUGGACUGCUAUUUGUUAAUCCUUUUUUAGGUUUACUUUAACAGUUACAAACUGUCAAAACUGAGUAGCACUUUUAGAUCACACUAAAUCAGUGAGCACUAUUUCUGACCUUUUGAGAAGUUUCAUUGUCACUUGCUUGAUACUCCACCCAGCAAUUUCCUCAAACUGGAAGAAUAUAUUUUGAAGUGACCUUUUGGCUUGUCAAGAUUAUUAUAUAUUUAUUUUUCCUAAUGAAUGGAUAAAAGGCUCAAACUCUGAGCAAAGGAUUGCUCAAUUCCAUCCUCCAAUCGUAUGAACUCCAAGUAGUCCGUCCUUUGUAAAUACAGAGACUUGUUUUUUCGAAAUUGCCUGCUGAACCUUGUGAGUCAAAUCCGCAAGGAUGCGAUCUCCUGAGCCUCAUGCCCCUCCCCCCGCCGAAGCCCUCCUCCACGGACAGUUUGCGAGCUGGGGAUCAGGCAGUAACAGCAACAAUAACAGCUGUCCCAAUAGCCCUGGCGGUCCUGGGGGGCUCUCUCCGGCCGCCUCCCCCACCCUGUCUACAGCGUCUAACUACGCCCUGACCCUGACGCACACCCACAUCCACGUCCAGCGCCUGUCGCCGCGGACUGGGAAGGAAGCCCGUCUCCUGCUGCCCCUGUCGGAGCUGGUGGGGUGCAGCUGCCCUCGGGCCCCGGCCCCGGCCCUCCUAGUGCUCUACUGGUAUCCCCCAGGGAAGCGGCGGAAAGGGGUUUCCCGGCGCAGACAACUAAGGGCCUACCUGGCUGAGAGCAGACCCGAAGCAGAGCGGUGGUCGGCCGCGGUCCAGUGUCUGCUGAGAGGGGUGAUUGUAACUGCUGACACAGAGUUUUCAAGAAGUCUCCUACCUCGUCCACGACGGCUAAUGCUAUUGGUCAACCCCUUCAGUGGGAGGGGCCAGGCAAUGCAGUGGUGCCAGACCCACAUUCUGCCAAUGGUCAGAGAAGCUAACAUCAGCUACAACCUAAUUCAAACAGAGCGUCAGAACCAUGCAAGGGAGCUCAUCAGAGAAAUUUCCCUCCCCGAAUGGGAUGGCAUCAUUAUCAUCUCUGGAGACGGCCUGCUGCAUGAGGUGAUUAAUGGCCUGAUGGAGCGCCCCGACUGGGAACAAGCAAUAAAGAUACCUGUGGGCAUUUUGCCCUGUGGCUCUGGAAAUGCACUGGCUGGCUCGAUCAACCACAAUGCAGGGUAUGACAUGUGCCUUAGGGAGCCCCUCCUACUCAACUGCUGCUUUCUGCUCUGUCGGGGUGGGGUGCGACCAAUGGACUUGGUCUCUGUGACAACCAGCCCCGGACCCUCUCACAAUGGCCGCAUUGCCAGUCCCAGAAGACUGUUCUCCUUCCUGUCCGUUGCAUGGGGCUUUGUGUCCGAUGUGGACAUCGAGAGUGAGAGGUACCGUGGUCUGGGCUCGGCUCGCUUCACCCUGGGCACCCUUGUGCGCAUAGCGUCCCUGCGAUCCUACAAAGGCCGACUCUCCUACCUCCCUCCGUCUGUGGUCACCCACUCCCCAGACGGCACCCCACCGCCUCCCAGGAGACCCCUCUCCCGGAGCAUCACAGAGGGCCUGGAUGGCUUCUGCAAAACCCCCAUCCACCGCACCUGCUCCGACAUGGGCAUCAGCGAACAGAGGAGCCUACGCAGGGGCGACGGAGAGCGCGAGCGGGAGAUGGAGAGGCAGAGGGAGAGGGAGAGGAGACGGCAGAGGGCCAGGGGUGGAGGCACGGGAGUCGUGAGGGCAAGCAGCCUGGCAGAGGACAGAGAGAGGGAGAUGGAGGCAGAGGAAAGGGCUUCUGCGACGCGCUGUAUGUCCGAAGACCAAUGCGUCAUGGAACGGGGAGCAGGGAACGAGGAUGAAAGGGAAGAAGAAGAAGGCGUAGAGCAGGACUCCAGCGAGAUGGAGGAGGAUGAGAGGGGGAAGGACACAGAGGGUGGCGUCAGCUCUGCAGGAGUGGAAAGAGAACUGGGGGAGACCCAUGAUUUAGACUUGGGUAGAGAGGCAGACGAGGAGGUGGAGGCUUGUUUGAGCCUUCAGGAGGCCAGAAAGACUGUAAGGAAGAACUCGGCACCUUCCAGCCAGAUAGCAAACACCCUCUUCAACCAGCCUCUCGGUCAGCAGGCUGACCCAGAGUCCAGCACGUCGUACGGGGUAGAAGAGAUGGAUCUGAAUGGCACUUACUUCCAAAGAGACCCUUACCCGCCGGACCCCCGUGAACGAUCUCUGACUAUUUCCUCGCCCUUUCGCCAUUCUCCUUUCUCCCGCAAGCCCAAGCCCCUGGACCAGAAUCAAAAUGUCACCCGGCCCAGACCCCUCUCUCUCCUCCAGCACUCCCACUCAAACUCUCUACCACCCAAACUUCCCUCCCUGUCUCUUUCUCUCUCCCCGACACCGCCUUCCUCCCCCUCCUGUGCCUCGCCCCACGCCUCGUCCUACCUGGUCCCUCGUCCCAACACCCCGGGCUCCACCUCCCCCUCGCCCUCCUUCCGCCUGCCGUCCUCGUCCUUCAACUUUGACCUAGCCGAUCCGACCGGGUCCUUAAAAAACCGUCCAUUCGCCUCGCCUUUCAACCCCCCGAGGGACGACCUGCUGCCCCCUCUAGACCAGCCGCUGCCCACCAGGGACUGGGUCACCAUCGAGGGAGACUACGUCCUGGUUCUGGCCCUGUACCAGACGCACCUGGGGGCCGACCUCCACGCCGCCCCACAGGCCAGGUUUGACGACGGGCUUAUCCACCUGACCUUUGUGCGGGCUGGGAUCUCCAGAGCCACGUUGCUCAGGCUGUUCUUCGCCAUGGAAAGAGGCACCCACCACUCCCUGAGCUCUCCAUAUGUGAGCCAUGUUUCCUGCAGGGCCUUCAGACUGCAGCCUUUGUCCACGCGGGGCACCCUGACGGUGGAUGGAGAACUGGUGCCUUAUGGGCCCCUGCAAGCACAGGUUCACCCGUCCAUGGCCCGUCUCAUCGUGGGUAACUCUGGAGAAAAGAUUACCAGAUUCUGAUUGGUCGAGGUCAUCGACCCGACAUUGCACUCUCCUGCAUUAUGUAAUCGCUGUUGCCGUCCGCAAGAGAAAGCCUUCUGGACAACGUAAAAAUUAAAUAUAAGCCCUGGAUGGCGGCUGCCGCAUGUCAGGGCUUUAGUACAAGGGAUCGUUCCUACAUGGAAUAUGACUGCAGAGGGAUUAAUAGGACAUUCGAAAAUUGGAUGAAAAGAAUGCGUCAUUGCACAGAUUGGGGUCAGAUUACCACAAGAAGUGGGAGAAAUGGCACGGCCUUUUGAUAUAACAAUGAGGGGGAAAAAGUGAAUGUUUCUGGACCUGUGGCGGACUUGUACUAGACUUGCUGCCAGUGCAUGUGUUUGAUGUAUACAUUCCCGUAUGCAUGCAUGCAGUGAAGCACUACCUGAUUCUUGCCUUACGAUAAAGAUAAUGGGAAUCAACGCUGAACACUAAUGGAAAGUCCGUUCAGAUGAAUAGAGCCACGAGCCCGUAACAAAUGUCACCCCGCCCCCUCCGCUCUUAAUCCUCUCAUUAGGAACCAUCCGUCCCCUGUCCACUACUGCACUCUACAUAUUGAUUUUCAUCUCAAUUAGAAGAAAUCAAAAAAAGAAUUAGCAUCUCGUAUUCCGUCCAUUGCUGAGCAACCAGGUGUGUGUGUGUGUGUGUGCACGCAUGGAACCCUGGUUCUAUUGUUUCGUUCACCCACAUCCAUUCCAGGAAGAGGAGGCGGGAACACGCGUGCCCUGAAGGGAACGUCCUGGAGGGACUGCCAACCAAUAAAGGAACCGUAGGGGGUUCAUUACAUCACACACACAAACACGUUUGUCGAAUGGCGUCCAUUACUGGAUGGAUUUCAUCUGUUUGCCUUUAUUUAUUUAUUUGUUGUUGAAAUGUUGAAAUGGACGCACAAUGAAGUUGGGAUCAGAUCCUAAUCAGAUCGGAGCCUACACCAUUCCCCCUCAUAAUGAACGUAACAAUGAAGGUUUACCCUCACACUUUUUUUUUUAACAUUUUAGCAAAUCCUAUGUAAUCACGCACAACAUCUCACCUCAAGCUCCCCCGACCUGUUUUUCUACUUUUAAGUAUUCUGAAGAUUUUUUUCUCCUGAACCUGUCUUGUAAAAUAAGCCAAUUGCAGCAACUGUUAAGGUUUAAAGCAAGACCCAAAGCUCAACACUAACAUAGCUGCUGUUCAACUAAAUUCUUGCUGUAGAUGACAAUACAAAAAAUCUUGACAUUUAUAUAUUCUUUCAUAGAUUCAAUUGAUUUUAAAGGCCCUCUAUCUUGUGUUCAGAUGGUAGCAAUUUCUUAUGGACGUGCUUUAAAGAUGAUUGAUUUAAUUCUGCUGAUUUAUUAUGCUGUCUACCAACCAAACAGGUUUAUAAAAGCUUGCGAUCAAUUGUCAGUGUUUCGAGUUUGUAUCAAGAGAUAAGUAGGAUGGGAAGCAAAAGGCAUUUGAAACAUGUAACACCAUAAUUAGUUAACUAUGUACAUUAAAGGUGACUGGGCAGACGGCCAGGCCAGCACCAACACAUGGUCAUGCCUGAACAAAACAAUGCCUUGUUACUCUGACUUUAUAUUUUGGCUCUAAACUGUUGUUUCUCAGCCCUUGAAUUUUCUGUUGUUCCUGGGCUUGCUGUGGCCCCAUUAGGUAGCCACCUAUAUAUACUUUUGUUUUCACGCAAAUAAAUGAAGUGAACUGCUAAUUGUAAAACAAGAAGGUAUGGUGGAAUCGAUUAAAUUAUUGUCACAGUUUUUUUUUUCUCACAUCAAGGAAUUGAUUUUGACAAAUCUACUGACAUUUUUUUCAGGUUAGACCUAUUUGUUAUGACAAUGUUUUGGGAUUGACUCAUCAGUUAAACAAUGCCAGUUAAAUGUCUCGUCUAUAUUCGACUGCUUGUAAUGCAAUUGUGCUUAUUACUAAAAUGAUUAUGUAUCGAUAUAUAAUGUACAAUUAAUAGUUAUAUUUUGUUAAAAAUAAAUUGAACUGGAAGGUUUCUCUCAUUGUCAUUUUAAAUGUUUUUAUUUUGCAUAACUUUGUUUCAUUUAUUUUAGUGAAAUUCACGAACAGCAUAGAUUGAAUAAAUUGGCAUUCAUCAUGUCACAGACAAUAUUAUUACAAACGAACAUAUCUCUAGUUUACACUUUUAAGGAUCCAAUUCGUCAACCCUCAAUAAUUCUGAUUAACUUGUUUUUACAUUUUGUGUACGCAUUGGACCCCUUGAAAUGUUCCUUUAAUAAAGCCCAUUUGACAAAUGUA